AUGGCCCUGCCCCAGUAUUCCACUUUCUUCAAUCUCGGCCUGUCCGCCACCAGCGCCGGCCGCGACGACCACUUUGCCCCCCGGCCCAACGCGGACAAGUACCUUUCGUUUUUGUCGCUCGACCUCGCCGAGCCCGCGACCGCGUUCGUGCCCUCGCGCGUCUCGCGCCGCGACUCGCAGGUCCUCCCACUGCCCCACAAGCGAAGGGCGUCCUACGACUCCGACGUGCUUGGAGCCCGUCCUUCUUCUCAUCUUGGUCCCCCGCCUCCAUAUAGCCCUGGUCCCUCUUCAGAGUCCCGUGCCACGCUCGUACCGUCCCGCUCGCCGUCCCUGCGCGCCGUCCCUAGCCCGAAGCCUGCACCUUCGUCACCUCUGCCGUCAUGGCCCUCACCCUCUCAAGUCCCGCCCCUCACCCUCUCCUCCGUUUGGGAAAACUCCUCCUCCGAGUCCGACAGCGACCAAGAGGACGACGUCGUGUAUAGCAUGCCCGCGACUCAACGCCAUUCGUCUCGUCCGUCGCGGAACACGGUUCCGCGGCCGGUAUCCGGUAUGACCUGGUCGACCGUCGCGUCUCCCCGUCGCCGUCACGCCAGCCGCUCCGAGGCGUUGGCCCUCCUCGAGGGUCGCGGACGCUUGAACAACCUCGUCCGCACCCGAUCGAGCAAGCAACGCAGCAAUUUCAUGAACAUGUCCGACGAUGAGGCCGACGACGAGCAUGACGAAGCCGAAACCGACCCGGCGGCGGACACCAAAGUGCCGGCCCUUUCGAGGAUAUUCACACCCGAGAUCUCGCUCUCCUUCCCUGUCACUCCCGGAUACCUCGACAAAGACUCGUCCCCAGCACAGGCACGAACGAAGAAGCCGCGCCAUCGCUCGCGGCGCUCCACCCGCGGGCAGAAACUACCCUUGCUUCUGCCAAAAGGACUCAAUUUCAUGGACCUCAACGCGGACGUCGACGAAGACACCGCGUCGUUCGUGCUGGACCUAGGCGCUUGGCUGAGCGACGACGCUUCCAUCGCCGCUCAGUGA